CGAGGUGGUUGAACUUCAGAUAGUUUUUGCUGAAGUUUUCUCAAAUUGACCUUAGGACGGAAUUCUUUUUUCUUCUAGGACACAUUUAAGGCUUUAAGUUGGUUUUAAUGUGCGCCGGCGCGAGUGAGAUCUGGCAUCAUGGGUUUGCGGCUAUCGGCCAAAGUGCUGAAGUGAACUGGACUCUCUCUCCGCUGUAGAGGUCUCCCCCCGAGCCUGCCUCCCAACGGGGGGCCACCAAUCAUGGCAGGCAUCAAGCGUGGCUAUGACGGUAAGAUCGCGGGACUCUAUGACCUGGACAAGACACUGGGCCGCGGGCAUUUCGCUGUGGUCAAACUGGCACGCCAUGUCUUCACCGGGGAGAAGGUGGCAGUGAAGGUCAUCGACAAGACCAAGCUGGACACAGUCGCCACCGGCCACCUCUUCCAGGAGGUGAGGUGCAUGAAACUGGUGCAGCAUCCCAACAUCGUGCGUCUCUACGAGGUCAUCGACACGCAGACCAAGCUGUACCUGAUCCUCGAGCUGGGGGACGGGGGUGACAUGUUCGACUACAUCAUGAAGCACGAGGAAGGCCUGAACGAGGAGCUGGCCAAAAAGUACUUCGCCCAGAUCGUCCACGCCAUCUCGUACUGCCACCGGCUUCACGUGGUACACCGGGACCUGAAGCCGGAGAACGUUGUGUUCUUUGAGAAGCAGGGCCUCGUCAAACUCACUGACUUUGGCUUCAGCAACAAGUUCCAGCCGGGGAAGAAGCUAACGACCAGCUGUGGGUCUCUGGCCUAUUCGGCACCAGAGAUCCUGCUAGGAGAUGAGUACGAUGCACCUGCAGUCGAUAUCUGGAGUUUGGGAGUGAUCCUUUUCAUGUUGGUGUGUGGUCAGCCACCUUUCCAGGAGGCCAAUGACAGCGAGACACUCACGAUGAUCAUGGAUUGUAAAUACACCGUACCUGCCCAUGUGUCCAGUGCCUGUAAAGAUCUGAUAAACCGCAUGCUACAGCGAGACCCGAAGCGUCGGGCAUCUCUGGAGGAGAUUGAGAGUCACGCCUGGCUGCAGGGGGUUGAUCCAUCUCCUGCCACCAAAUACAGCACCCCUCUGGUGUCCCAUAAGAACCUGUCUGAGGAAGAACACAACAGCAUCAUCCAGCGCAUGGUCCUCGGUGACAUAUCGGACCGUGAAGCCAUCAUCGAAGCCUUGGAGACUAAUAAAUACAACCACAUCACUGCUACCUACUUCCUGCUGGCCGAGAGGAUCCUCAGGGAGAAGCAGGAGAAGGAGGUCCAGCCGCGUUCCUCCAGCCCGAGUAACAUCAAGGCUCACUUCAGGCAAUCCUGGCCAACUAAAAUUGACAUGCAUCAGGACAUUGAAGACAGUCUAGCUGCCUCUUCAAUCUCCCAUGCAGGGGGACCGCAAUCUCCAGCACGCAGUGCUGAGAACCUGCUUAAUGGACACCGCACUAAAGGUCUGCUGGAACUGGGCCGGCGGGAAGACACCACUGAUGGUGCCAGUGGCUGUGCCCCUCCAGGUCCUCCUGGCUCUGUAACCCAGAGCCCUCUCAAACCUGGCAACAUGCCCCCACUGGCAGCCUCCGCCUCCAGCUCCUCCUCCAAGCAGCGCACUUGCCUGUUCCGGGUGGAGGAGGAUGAGGAAGAAGAGGAAGAGCAGGAGCCUUCGCCCUUACCCACCCAGGUGGUCCUACGUCGGAAACCCCCUUCCAUCACCAACCGGCUGACGUCGCGUAAGAGCGCGCCGGUGCUCAACCAGAUCUUCGAGGAGGAGGGUGAGUCGGACGACGACUUCGACAUGGACGAGAGCCUGCCGCCCAAGCUGAGCCGGCUGAAGAUGAACAUGGCCUCGCCUGGCACGGCGCAGAAGCGCUACCACCGGCGCAAGAGCCAGGGCCGCGGCUCCAGCUGCUCCAGCUCGGAGACGAGCGACGACGACUCGGAGAGCCACCGCAGGCGGCUGGACAAAGACUCGGGAUUCACCUACAGCUGGAACCGCAGGGACAGCAGCGAAGGGCCACCCGGGAACUCCGGAGGCAACGGGGGCGGUAGCACAGGCGGCGGACAGAGUAAACCACCCGGGGAGGGCAACUCAGGGCCGGACAGAGGCAGUCCCCCUGGUGGUGGGGGUGGAGGUGGAGGAGGAGGUGGUGGUAACGGUAACGGAGGAGGAGGGGGCGGAGGUGGAGGAGGCACGAAAGGACAAGGCAGUCCCUCAAGCUGCUCCAACGGCAGCAACAACAACAACCCCUCGUCUGGGUCGACCCGCAGCUCGACCAGAAGCCCCGGGGAACUGGUGGAGAGCCUGAAGCUUAUGAGCCUCUGUCUUAGCUCCCAGUUCCAGCACCGCAACGGAGGGGGUGGCGGGGGCGGUCCUAGAGGUCGCUUCAUCAUUGAUCCUCAGAGCCUAUCAAGCGUCAAGGUGCAGGAGAAAUCCACUUGGAAGAUGUGCAUUGGCUCCAAUGGCAGCUUGGACAAGGUUUCUAUGUCAAACCCCAACCUGGCUGGUGGUGGACAGGAACGGUACCCGGACCAAACGGCAGUCAUGCUAAACGAACUGGGCCUGGCCAAGGAGAACAAGAUGAACUUAAAGAGCAAUGUGCUUCAGCUACCUCUGUGUGAAAAGACCAUCUCUGUGAACAUCCAGAGGAGCCCCAGGGAGGGGCUCCUCUGUACCUCCGCCCAGGCCAGCUGCUGCCAGGUCAUAUGAUCGGCAGUCAGCCAGCAUUCCCGUGGAUCUUGCCCGUCGCCACAUUUGUAGCGUAAACAGUGACUUGAGCACU